UUCGUCCCAAAAACUACCCUUUAUUUUUUUAACUUGAUAAAUUUUUCAGAGAUUCUGUUUAAAAAUGCCGAUCAAGCUGCCAAAGUCAAAGUCUAUACUGUUAGUGGGACAAGUGCUGAAGCACAUAGGACAAGAGAACAAGAGAACAAUUAAAGUUCGCACAAUCAGUAUGGUUUUGGACGAUUAUUUGAAGAUGUAUUUCAAUAAAAGAUCUCACUUCUGGGCAGACGACAUCAAGGAAGAGUGUGAACCUGGUGACCUUGUUCUCAUCAAACAACUCUCAGAACCAAUCCGAGCUGGAGUUACCCAUGAAGUCGGAGAAGUCGUCUUUCAACUUGGCCGCAGGAUGGAUCCUCUAACUGGCAUGAGAAUAUAUGGUGGUGUAUAUUCACAGGACGAUCUACCAAAUCCACAUGAGACUUUAAAGAAACAUAACGUUCCGAUCCCAGACUGGGCUAAAAAUCUCACAGAAAUAUUAUGAUGUUGAGAUUAUUUACAUCUUAUGUGACUGCGGAAGACUCUGUUCAGAAAAGUUUUCACCAAAGAAAUUAUUGUGAAUGGCAACUUUUUAAUGAAAGACAGUUCAUAUUCUGAGAAUUAUUGUAUUGUAUCACUGUUGGAAUGAUGUCAUUAAUAAUUGACACGGUGGACAAAGGGAUGGUUCAACUUUUCACGAGCUUUAUGGGCCGAUUGUGAUCCAUUUUGAAGCGUGAAGCAAGGAAUAUAAGAAUAUAAAGAUAGCCUUGGAUUUGUA